AUGGCGGAAGCCCUCCUUUCUUCGUUCCUCGCAGCCCUCUUUGACCGUUUGGCAUCUCCUGAGUUGCUUAACUUUGUUCGCCGAGAGGGGCUUCAAGAGAAGGUGGACAAGUGGAGCAAAACUUUGAGAAGAAUUCAGGCCGUCCUGGAUGAUGCGGACGAGAAGCAAGAUAAGAACGAGGGUGUGAAAGAGUGGCUGAAUAAUCUCAGAGACUUGGCUUACGAUGUGGAUGACAUACUCGAUGAGUUUGCAACGGAAGCUCUGAGACUCAAGUUGACGGAAGGAGAUGAUCAGGCCAGCACAAGUAAGGGACUGAAACGCAAGCUUGCUUCUUUAAUAACUGGUUUCACUCCAACUGCUGUUCGGAUCAACAUGAGGCUGGGGUCAGAGAUGGAGAAGAUCACUGAUCGAUUCAACGAGAUGGUGAAGCAAAAAGAUGAUCUGAAAUUGAGUGAAACUAUUGAUAGGAGGUCAUCCAGAACAAGUCAGAUACUGGCCCCGACUUCUGUAGUGACCGAAGCUCAUGUUUAUGGCAGGGAAAAAGAUAAAGAGGCUCUACUUCAAUUUUUGGUGGGCGAAAAACAUAGUGAUGCUCAACUCUCUGUGCUUCCUAUACAUGGUAUGGGGGGUAUGGGUAAGACUACUCUUGCUCAGCUUGUGUACAAUGAUGAACAAGUGCAAAGCUUUUUUGAGCUCAAAGCAUGGACUUGUGUUUCUGAAGAUUUUGAUGCUGUUAGGGUGACCAAAACAGUUCUACAAUUUUUCUCCUCUGAAAAUUGUGAGGGUAAGGAUCUAAGUUGGUUGCAAGAGAAACUAAAGGCGAAUCUAACAAGGCGAAAGUUUCUAGUUAUUCUCGAUGAUCUUUGGAAUGAGAAAUACAGUGACUGGACUCAUCUACGUGCUCCUUUUGAAGCAGGGGCGGCAGGAAGUGCAAUUGUCAUCACAACUCGCAAUCAUGGAGUUUCAUCAAAGACGGGUACCAUUCCAACUUACUCUUUGAAAGAAUUGUCAAAUGAUUUUUGUUUGUCUAUAUUUGCCCAUCAUGCAUUGGGUACAAGAGACUUCAGCUCACAUGUAAACCUUGAAGAUAUUGGUGAGGAACUUGUUAGAAGGUGUAAACGCUCUCCUUUGGCAGCAAAAGUACUUGGAGGCGUCUUACGCAAUAAAGUAGAUCGUGAUGAGUGGGAAGAUGUAUUGAAUAGCAAUAUAUGGGAUAUAGCAGAAGUGAAAAAUGAAAUUGCUCCGGCUCUUAUGUUGUGCUAUCACCAUCUCCUUUCACUUUUAAAGAGGUGCUUUGCAUAUUGUUCAAUACUCCCCAAGGACUACGUAUUUGAGGAGAAGCAGUUGGUUCUACUAUGGAUGGCAGAAGGUUUAAUUAAGCCACGGGACGGGGGAAAGCAAAUGGAAGAUUUGGGUAGGGAGGAUUUUCGCAAUCUAUUGUCGAGGUCAUUUUUCCAGCGAUCGUUCAACGAUGAAUCAAGAUUUGUGAUGCAUGACCUCAUCAAUGAUUUGGCUCAACAGGUUGCAGGAGAUAUAUGCUUUAGAAUGGAAGAAAAAGUUGGGGGUAAUAAUGAAGGGAAACCGUCUAGAAAGGCUCGGCAUUCGUCUUACUUGGCUGGUGCAUAUGAUGGCAUUAAAAAAUUCGAGGUCUUUAAUGAUCUCAUGCAUUUACGAACCUUCCUGCCUUUGCUUUCACAAUAUUCAUUAUGUGCAUUGACUCAUAAUGUUCCUUUCCAAUUGUUGCCAAAAUUAAAACGCCUAAGGGUGCUCUCUUUGAAGGGAUACAUAAUAUAUGAGCUACCAAAAUCAAUUGGUGAUUUGAAGCAUCUAAGGUUUUUCAACCUUUCUUACACUAAAAUAAGAAGCUUGCCUGAAUCAGUAUGCGCUCUUUACAAUUUACAGACAUUGAUGUUGGAGAAUUGUUUUUUUCUGAAGAAAUUGCCUUCAACGUUUGGAAACUUACUCAACUUGCGACAUCUUAACAUUCGAGGAGCACAUGCAUUGGAAGGAAUGCCUCCGCAAAUCAGUAAAUUAACUUGUCUCCAGACAUUGCCUCAUCUAGUUGUUGGAAAAGGUAGUUGUUCAGGGGUAAAAUUGUUAGGGCCUUUGUUGCAUCUUCGAGAUACACUUUGCAUUUCCAGAUUGGAAAAUGUGAUUAAUCAUGAGGAUGCAAGGGAUGCCAAUCUAUUUGAAAAGAAAAAUCUCUUUGGGGUGUCAUUUGAAUGGAGUACGAACAUAGAGGAGUCACACGACAAAGCACAUGAAUUAGAGGUGCUUAACAUGCUAAAACCUCACGAGGGUUUGAAAGAGCUCACCAUCAACAACUAUGGUGGUACAAAAUUUCCAAUGUGGUUAAGAGUUCCUUCAUUUUCUAAUAUGUUAUUCUUGAAGAUUGAAAGUUGUGCAAAAUGCAUAUCAUUGCCCGCAGUGGGCAAGUUGCCAUCACUCAAAGAGGUUUUAAUUAAAGGCAUGGAUAGUGUGAAAAAUAUUGGUAGCGAGUUUUAUGGGAAAGAUUGCUCACAGCCUUUUAGAUCCUUGGAAACUUUGCAUUUCGAGGAUAUGCAGGAGUGGGAGGACUGGAUUCCUUGUGAAGAAUUCCCAAAACUGUGUAAGCUUUCUAUUAUACGGUGUCCAAAACUGAUGGGUAAGUUACCAAACCACCUUCCUUUAUUAAAAAAUAUUGAGAUACAUGAUUGUAGGCAGUUGUUGGUUUCAAUUUCCAGUUUUCCAGAGCUUUGCAAACUAGAUAUUGAGGGAUCCAAAGGUGUGGUGUGCAGAAAUAAGGUUGACUUCAACUCAUUAAGGUUUUGGAAUCUUUCAACAAUUUCAGAAUUCACAUGUCAAAUAGAAGAGUUCACUAUAGGAGGACGAACAAAUGUGGAAGCUUUAACUAUUGAAGACUGUGAGGUGUUGACAAAUUUGCGCUUAAAUGACAUGGGAUUACUACAACAUCUCCCGUAUCUUGGUGUUUUGGAGAUUCAUGAUUGUCCCAUACUAGUUUCUUUGGAGGAAAACGAAGUAGAAGAGCAGUUACAACUUAGUUUGCCAUCCAAACUGAGAAAAAUCAGGAUCGACAAGUGCGAGGCCUUGGAAUCUUUACCCAAGGCAAUGAUGGACAACAACAUGCAUCUUGAGGAGGUUUAUAUUUCAGGGUGUAGUUCAUUGACUCACUUUGCAAUAGGGCAACUACCUCCAACUCUAAAGCAGCUAACGAUAGAGUGGUGCAUCAACAUGCAAAUUUUGGUGGAUGGGGAUGAUAUCAACAAAUGCAGUAGCGGCAAAUCUCUUCUUGAAUACUUGGAUAUUUCGCUAUGUCCAUCCCUCAAAUCCUUAACCUUAAGUGGAGAAUUACCUGCAACACUUAAACACCUCAAAAUUAAAGAUUGUCGUAGGUUGGAGUCGAUAGCGAAGAGCUUCCAUGACAACUUGUCUCUUGAAGUCAUUAGGAUCUUAUGUUGUUAUAAACUCAAAUCCUUACCCAUGGGCAUACACAACCUCAUCCAUCUUGAUCAGUUUUUUAUUGUACAAUGUACCAUUCUUGAUUCCUUCCCAGACAAUGGGCUGCUCCCUACCAACCUGAAAACACUUCUGAUUGUCUACUGUGAGAAAAUGCAAGCCUUGCCCAACUGCAUACACAACCUCACCUCUCUUCAAGAAUUGAGAAUAUGGCGUAGUGGAAGCAUUUUAUCAUUUCCGGAAGUAGGUUUCCUCACCAACCUAACAUCACUUUCUAUCUAUACUAUGGCGUCGUUUCAUGAGGCCACUUUUGAGUGGGAAUUAUCUGAGCUUCCCUCUCUUAAAGAACUUAUAAUUCGUGGCAACUCUUCGCAUCUGGUGUCCUUUCCAGAGGUGAUGCUACCUGCCUCUCUAACGAGCCUCACCAUUGAAAACUUCCCGGAUCUGGAAUGCAUUUCUUCCAAAUGCUUUCAAUUCCUCGCCUCUCUUGAACAAUUGAGUAUCGAUUCGUGUAAGAAGCUCACGUCCUUUUUAGAGGAUGGCCUGCCACACUCACUCACGAGUCUUUCUAUCUCUACUUGCGAAAAGCUCACGUCCUUUCCAAAGAACGCUGCAAAGGACGAGAGUGGUUCAAGAUAG